UGCGAGGAAGAGCCGGUUUAAACCGGGGGGCGGGAGCAGCUGAGUUUGAAUCCGCAACUCGAAGCGCUAACAGAAACACACCGACAAACACCUUACCACACCGGACACACACACCGAACCACCGAGACACAGACAGACCACAGCCGUGUCAGUAUGGCCUCUCAGAACAUGGAUCCAGCAGCAGCAGCUUCUUCCACGGCGGCUCUGAAGGGCAGCGAGACCGGCGGCAGCGCCGCCAGAGGCUCCGUCACCAAACGGCUGCAGCAGGAGCUCAUGACUCUGAUGACGUCAGGUGAUAAGGGGAUCUCGGCGUUCCCGGAGUCAGAUAAUCUUUUCCGGUGGGUGGGAACCAUCGAAGGGCCGGCGGGAACGGUCUACGAGGGCCUCAGGUACCGGCUGUCUCUGGAGUUCCCGGCCGGUUACCCAUAUCAGUCUCCUCGCGUGAAGUUUGUCACAUCCUGUUUCCAUCCCAACGUGGACGAUCAGGGUUUCAUCUGCCUCGACAUCCUGAAGGACAAAUGGUCGGCACUGUACGAUGUCCGCUCGAUCCUACUGUCCAUCCAGAGCCUGCUAGGAGAGCCAAACAACGAGAGUCCUCUGAACGCCACAGCUGCUGCCCUUUGGGAUGACCAGGAAGCCUUUAAAGCUCAUCUACACGCUGUGUUCCAGAAGUGAAGAGCCACCUUGUUUAAUUCUUCUGUUUGUUUGUCGUCUGUUUUUGUUUGUACAAUAUUUUUAUGUUGUUUUGUUGUUCGCCGCCUAUCAAUAAAGUUCUUAAUUCAACUGUG